AUGGCCCUUGAUACUUCCAUUAUCUGGCGACCAGAAGAUGAUCCAUUGGUCAGGCCUCCUCUGGAGAAGGGAGAUGUAUACAGACCUGAUAUCCUCAAGAUAGUCGAGGCUACGAUAGAUGGAAUGAGUGAAGAUCUUAGAAACCUCAGUCUCGACAUACAUGACCAUCCUGAGAUCAAAUUUGAGGAAAAAUAUGCUCACGACGCAUACACUGGGUUCAUGGAGAAGAUGGGUUUCGUUGUUACCAGAAACUUCCAUCUUCCUACUGCAUGGGUUGCAACUUAUACCCAUGGGCAAGGCGGUCGUGUAUUGGGUAUUAAUUCUGAAGUAGAUGCACUCCCAGGUAUCGGGCAUGCCUGUGGGCACAACCUGAUUGGAAUUGCCGGAGUCGCUGUUGCAUGUGGUGCAAAGGCAGCCCUCCAGCAACUUGGUAUCAGUGGCAAGAUUGUAUUACUGGGUACCCCUGGGGAAGAAGGCGGUUUUGGGAAAAAUAUGCUUCUAGAAAAGGGGGCUUAUGAGGAGAUGGACGUCUGUCUCAUGUGCCAUCCUGCCCCAGGGCCUCGUCAUUCGAUCAGUCUCAGCAGUAGUCUGGCUUUGUCCCGCGUAGAGGUUGAAUUUAGACCGCGCUUUAGGGCACACGCAGCCUUAAGCCCCUGGGAAGGAAAAAAUGCACAAGAUGCAGCAGUCUCGGCAUACAACAACAUAGCUCUUCUGCGACAACAGAUCAAACCGACACAUCGUGUCCAUGGAAUCUUUGACAAAGGCAAAGAUUGGGCUGUCAACAUCAUUCCAGAUAAUUCUAAGAUGUCUUGGUAUGUCCGCGCACCCACGACCACCGAGGCACAAGAAACGACGAAGCGUGUGAUUGCCUGCUUUGAAGCAGCAGCAAUCGCGACGGGUUGCUCGGUCAAGAUCGAUACAUUACUGGGUUGUAGUGACAUCCGACAGAAUAAAGCUCUUGGCGAUGAACUGGCUGACGUUACGCGCAAGCGUUAUGGCGCCAUAGAUUAUGAGUGGGGUAUUCACAGCGCAUCGACCGACUUCGGUGACAUUACUUACGCUCUUCCGUCUCUUCACCCGGGAUUUUCUAUUCCAACAGUACCCGAUGGCGGUAAUCAUACUCCUGCUUUUACGGACGCUGCACGAACAGAAGUAUCGCAUAAUGCGUGUUUGGUCGUUUCCAAAGCACUAACAGCGGUAGGUAUGCGUGUUUUGACGGAUGAUGCCUUUUUGAGCAAGGCAAAAGAAACUUUUGAAGAGGGUAAGAUUAGCAUGAAUUCACAAUAA